GGGUGGUGGCGAGCGUCGCUGUCGGGGCUGCGGCUGGCGGGCGACCCCUCGCCAUGGAUAACGCGGAAAGCGUCUUCCAGAUGUUUGAGGCCCACAUGCAGAACUACAGGGGCGAUGACCCGCUCGGUGAAUGGGAAAGCUAUAUGCAGUGGGUAGAAGAAAAUUUUCCUAAGAAUAAAGAAUACUUGACAACAUUAUUAGGACAUUUAAUGAAAGAAUUUUUAGAUAAGAAGAGAUACCACAAUGACCCAAGAUUCAUCAGUUAUUGUCUGAAAUUUGCCCAGUACAACAGUGACCUUCAUCAGUUUUACGAGUUUCUGUACAACCAUGGGAUUGGGACCCUGUCAUCGCCUCUGUACAUAGCCUGGGCCGGGCACCUGGAAGGCCAGGGAGAGCUGCAGCACGCCAGUGCUGUUUUUCGGAGAGGAAUUCAAAACCAGGCUGAACCUAGAGAGCUACUGCAACACCAGUACAGGUUAUUUCAGAAACGCCUUGCCGAAACUCAUCUGGGAGCUCAAGCUAGAACCUCAGAACCUCUGCAUGAUGCUCAGGUUGUCAAUCAGACGAUAAUAUCAGACUCGAACCCAGGAAAGAACACAGGCUGUGUUUCUGAGAACCAGGGUUCACAGCUUUCUGCAGUGACGUCUACAACUUGUGGUGAAGAGUCGAAUAUGGGACAAAGGGUGAUCGUGGUUUCUAAAUCAGAAUAUUCUACACAUUCAUCUUUGGCAGCCAAAACUGACGUUAAGCAAGUUGUUAUGUAUUGCAAAGAGAAGCUUAUUCGUGGAGAAUCAGAAUUCUCCUUUGAAGAACUGAGAGCCCAGAAAUAUAAUCAACGGAGAAAGCAUGAACAAUGGGUAAAUGAAGACAGACACUAUAUGAGAAGGAAAGAAGCAAGUGCUUUUGAAGAACAGCUGUUAAAACAGAAAAUGGAUGAACUUCAUAAGAAAUUGCAUCAAGUGGUGGAGAUGUCCCACGAGGACCUGCCCGCUUUUCAGGAAAGGUCUGAGGUUAAUGCUGUGCGCAUGGGGCCAAGGGUGGGCCCCCAGGAGGAGCUGAGAGGAUCGUCUCUUCCCGCCACAGACCAGCAGACCUCAGGCAACAUGAGAGAGAAACCCAGAGAGGCAUCUCCUGUUGUACCCCUUGUGGCAAAUGCUGUCACCACUGCUCUGGCACCCCCAGCCGUCAGCCAGGGGGCGGCCCAUCCUCUUCCUGUGGCAGCCCAGCCCGUGGCCGACUCUGCGUCUGCAGCAGCCAGAAAAGGUGCCAGUGUGUCUCAAGAGAUUUCUCUUCCAAGAUGUGAGAGUAGAAGUGCUCAUGAAUUCAAGCCUCAGAGUGGAGCAGAGAUCAAAGAAGCCUGUGAAGCACCUAAGCUUACUAACACAAAUUCUUUUCAUACAACUCCAAACACAUCACUGGGAGCGGUCCAGGCAACGCCGUCCAAAGUGCAGCCGUCACCCACGGUUCACACUAAAGAAGCGUUAGGUUUCAUCAUGGAUAUGUUUCAGGCUCCCACCCUCCCUGAUAUUUCUGACGACAAAGAUGAUUGGUCGUCUCUAGAUCAGAACGAAGAUGCAUUUGAAGCCCAGUUUCAAAAAAAUACAAAAUCUUCUGGGGUCUGGGGAGUCAAUAAGAUUAUCUCUUCUUUGUCGUCUGCUUUUCCUGUUUUUGAGGAUGGAAACAAAGAAAAUUAUGGAUUACCACAGCCUAAAAAUAAACCUGCAGGAGCCAGGACCUUUGGAGAACGGUCUAUGAGCAGACUUCCUGCAAAACGAAAUGAAGUGCCCGCUCACACUGACGAGUUUUUGGAUGAUUCAACUGUUUGGGGUAUCCGCUGCGACAAAACCCUGGCACCCGUUCCUAAGACCACAGGAGACUUUACAUCUGCUGCUCAGCUCGCAUCGACCCCGUUCCACAAACUCCCGGUGGAGUCAGCAAACGCUCUAGAAGAUAAAGAAAAUAUGGUAGCACAACAGUGUACCCGUGUGACUUUGGAUUGCGGGGAAGAAAACACAGUGGAGACCUCAAAAACCAGAAAGUUCAGUCCGAUUCAAGAAAGAAGCCCAGAACAAGCAUUACCCAUAGAUGUGCCCUCAGCACCCGUACUCGGUCAGAGCCAGCCUGCGGCAGGUGGUGUGCUCACCAGCGAGGCAGAGCGGUGCCUUGAGGCUUGUAAACUCACAGACACUGAUGUCGCCAUGGAGGAAGACCCGCCAGGCGCCAGGCCCGCUGGGCUCCACGCAGAACGGAUGCAGAGUAGCUCAGCCGGAAACGUGGCUGCUUCAAAUUUCGUUGUUGAAAACCCGUGGGAUGAUACAUUGAUUCUCAAGCUUUUAUCUGGGCUUUCUAAACCAGUGAGCACCUAUCCAAAUACUUUUGAAUGGCAGUAUAAACUUCCACCCAUCAAGCCCAAGACUGAAUUUCAAUUGGGUUCCUUGGUGAUCUACAUUGAUCAUCUUCUUGGAGAAGGAGCCUUUGCCCAAGUCUACGAAGCUGCCCAGGAUGAUGCAAAUGAUGCCAAAAGUAAACAGAAAUUUAUUUUAAAGGUGCAGAAGCCUGCCAACCCCUGGGAAUUCUACAUUGGGACCCAGCUGAUGGAGAGACUAAAGCCAAGUAUGCAACACAUGUUUAUCAAGUUCUAUUCCGCCCACUUUUUCCAGAACGGCAGCGUGUUGGUAGGGGACCUCUUCAGCUAUGGGACGCUCCUGAAUGCCAUUAACCUCUAUAAAAAUACCCCUGAAAAAGUGAUGCCUCAAGCUCUAGUCAUCUCUUUUGCUAUCAGAAUGCUCCACAUGAUUGAACAAGUCCAUGACUGCGAGAUCAUUCAUGGAGACGUUAAGCCAGACAACUUCAUCCUUGGGAACAGGUUUUUAGAACAGGACGGUGAAGACGAUGAUUUCUCUGCGGGCUUGGUGUUAAUUGACCUGGGUCAGAGUAUAGAUAUGAAGCUUUUUCCCAAAGGAACUACCUUUGCAGCCAAGUGUGAAACAUCUGGUUUCCAGUGUGUUGAGAUGCUCAGCAAGAAACCAUGGAGCUACCAGAUUGAUUACUUUGGCGUUGCAGCGACGGUAUACUGCAUGCUCUUUGGCACUUACAUGAAAGUGAAAAACGAAGGAGGAGCCUGGAAGCCUGAAGGUCUCUUCAGAAGGCUUCCUCAUUUGGACAUGUGGAGUGAAUUUUUUCAUAUCAUGUUGAAUAUACCAGACUGUCAUCAGCUUCCAUCUUUGGAUUCUUUAAGGCAAAAGCUGAAGAAAACCUUCCAACAACACUAUUCAAACAAGAUCAGGACCCUGCGUAACAGGCUGAUUGUGCUGCUCUUAGAAUACAAGCGUUCACGGAAGUAACAGUGGGUGAGAAUGCUCCCUGGAGGUCACUUUGAAACACAUCUGGCAAUGGCGCAGACUCCAGGGAAAGAGCCGGUGCUUCCUUCCACCCUCGUUUCCAGCCACCAUGUUUCCCGUCCCAGAGGCAGCCACCGCAACUCACUUUUUGUGAGUCCUCCCUAAAGUGAUUCCGUGCAUAUUCGUAUAGACUGUUACAGAUUAAGUUACGUUCCCCCAAAAGUAUGUGUUGUAAACCCUAACCUCCAUGGCUGUGGUUGUCCCAUUUGGGAAUGGGUUGUCUGUUACCUAAGCGAGACAGGAUUAGUGUAGGGUGUGUCGUGAGUCAGUCUCUUUUGAGAGAGAAAAAGAGAUUAAACAAGCAAGCAGAGAGAGAGAUGGGGUGAGAAUAGAUCCAAGCCACAUGGAGAUUUCCAAGGAACCAGGAAGCAAAAGCUGAAGAGACAAGGACCUUCCUCCAGAGCUGACAGAGAGGGAAAGCCCUCCCCUAGAGCCAGCACCCUGAACUGGGACUUCUAGCCUCCUAAACUGUGAGAAAAUAAAUUCGUUCAUUAAAGCCACCCACUUGUGGUUUUUAUAGCAGCACUAGAUAACUAGGACAGACUGUAUGUUUUACACAACUAACCAAUUUCUACAUCUUGCUUUUUUUCACUUAACCUGUAGUAGAGAAUAUGAUAGUACGUGUAGAGUGGUCUCGUUCUUUUUAAUGGCUUUAUAAUAUUUUAUUACAUGGCAUAUCUGUAAAUCCCUAGAAGUAGGAUUACUGGGCCAGAGGUGGGCGCAUUCAGAAUUUCCAGUCAGCAUUUUUGAAUAGUCCAGAGGGGCUGUACCAACAUAUAUAAAAGUCCCUGUUUCCCCACAUUUCCAAUAUCAGAGGUCAGGUUCUUUGGCCUUUGACAGUCUGACAGGUGGAAAAAUACCUCCUCACUGUCUUAAUAUGCGUUUCCGUUACGAAUUAGAGCAAAUAUAUUCAUAUAAAUUAAGAGCUAUGUGUUUUCUUUUUUUCUGUGAACACUAUCGUUUGUCCAUUUUUUGGCUGGAUUAUCUUUUUCUUGUUGAUUUAUAGCAGCCCUUUGUAUAAGGGGCACCAGUGUUGGUCCCAGUUUGUCAUUUGUCUUGACUUUUCUUGAAGCCUUUGUUGUCAGGAAGAAGUUUUUAAACUUUGUUUUGUGUUCUGACUGAUAAAGUUUUAAAUGACUUUCAGGUUUUCUGCCUUAAAAAGCCACGCAAUUGAAAAGUUGGGAAAAAAAAUUCUCUAAUUUUUUUUAUAAAUACUAGGACUAAACUUUUUUGGUCGCCAUUUUGAAUAGGAUCUAAUUUUUUUCCCAGCUGGAAGUUUGGAUGUAUGAAGCCUAUUGAUUUCUGGAAAAAGUUUUCAGUUGAUUCUUCUGGAGUUUCCAGAUAAACAGCAUCAUCAGGGAAGAGCGCUUGU